CCUAUUAAAUCUUCGAAAUUGGGAAUAGUUUAUGCAACUGGCCCGGGACAGCAAAAGUUGUUAAACAUUAAUGACAUCUGCUAUAAGUGUAUUUCAUUUCCGUAUAAAAAUGGCUUUUACAUUACGCCGAUUUUACAUCAAAAACUUCUUUAAUUCGAACGUAGGUGUUAUUUAUAUAGGGUGAUUCAUUAAAAUAUGCGUAAUAUUUUACUCGUAGAUUCUAAUGAAAGGUGUAUAAACUUUUUGCCUAAUAACUGGAGGUUAAAUAUACAGAGUGGCUCAAUAAUAAUUGGAUACAGAACAACUGAAGAUGCUCUGAAUAAAAAUACAACCAUUUAACAAAACAUACUUGGAUAAAAUAUUACUGGUAUCCGAACUACGAUAAAGUUAAAAAUUUAAAAAUAUUAAUUUCUAUAAUUUUUUAUUUCUCAGUAUAAUUUUACCAAAUUCGGUAAACAUUUUUGGUGCCAUAAGUAAGAUCUAUCAGCGAAACAUUAAACUAAACUUUGCCAGUGUUGAACGACAUGGAUAAGUACCAUCUUGAUCCCCUAUAAAUUUUACGCUACUGUCCAAAAACUUAUUUGGACUAUACUUAUAAAGUGACUGGUUUUUGAGAAAUUCACACUCAUGUGUGGAUUUUCUUCAUUUUAAUUUAUUAUUAAAUUUUGAAUUUAUCAAAAAAUUUAAAAUUAUAGUCCAAAUUAGUUUGGUGUAAAAUUUAGAGGGAAUGAAGGUGUAUCCAUGCCGUAGGCCAGUUUAUUUAUCCAACUCUUUUGCAUGAUAUAAUACAAAAAACGUUUACCAAAUUUAGUAAAAUUAAACUGAGAAAUAAAAAUAUUAUAGUCAUUAAUAAUUUAAGUUUAAUUUAAACCUCUUAUUUUUAAUCAGAAAAUCUUCAGUUAUUUUGUGUCCUAUUCUUAAUGAGAUACCCUGUAUAUUAAUACUUACUAGGAUACAGGGUAUUGUUAUAAAAUUAAUUCAGUAAUGUUUUUAUAUUUCAUUUAUUUUUUCACACAGAAACGUAAAAUGGUUUGAUUAGGUUUUUGAUGUAAGAAAAUAGAAUAGCAUACGAAGCUAUCCUGGUUUAAUAUAAUCCAUUUCUGUGGCAUUUUGGUAUUUUUUUUGUUAACUCCACUAAUAUGAAUAUUUUUUUUUAUGAAUUUUCAUUUGAUCUAAUUAUGUUAAGUCCAGCUCUGCUAGUAAAAAUUUUCCUUUUUUAUAAUCAUGUUAAAAUAUUAUAUUAUGUGUACAUCAUGUCGUUGCAGUUAUUAUAGGUCUCUCAAAAGCCACAGAUUUUAAUAAUUGACUUUCAGUUAUUGAGCAAAAAAUUUAUAUUUUCUGCCAUAGAAUCUGCAGAUAAACUAUUGUCCAUUCUUCAUGAAUCACCCUGUAUACCAAAUUUGACACAUGUUUCGCAAAUAAUAUUGACAUACGUUUUCAUUGCUCUAGAAAAGGUCAACUUUGCUGGCGAAACACAAUUUAUUUUCAACAUUUAUUUUGAGCUUGACGGGUUAUUUUUUUCAUUUUAAUGGAGAGCAACUAUCCUUUUGUACCUUGUACACCUUUUCCUUUUUCUUUAUCCGGGGCUCUGGUAAUAUGAAAUAUGAUUUUUCAUGCAGUUAUUUUAUCCGGUGGUGGAAUUUUCAAGCAAAAAUGUUUGCGGUAGUAGAAUUCGAAAACAGGGAUUGCGCCUUGUUGCCGUUGGCUUGGCUCUUUGACAAUCAAAAGAAAACUUACUGGCCAAGAGUUGCAAGGGAAGAAACCUUUUUAAAAUAUGUCAAGAACGAGAAGAAACCACAGUCUUCUUGGGCUACUUUUGCAGUCAAUAAAAUUUUGUUUGUGACAGGAAAAUAUGAGAAUGCCGCUGAAGCUUUAACCAACAUUGUAAAAGAGUCCAAUUCUUCAGAGGAAAAUGGGUCCUCAGAAUUCCCUGUUCCUUUAGUUCUUAAAUAUUUGCGAAGCGAAUUAACAGAGUCUGAAUCAGAUGAAUCAAGUGAUCCAGAGAAUAGUCAAGAUUCUCUGAAAAGUAAACUGAUAACCACUGAGAUUAUUCAAAAGAGAAUAACUAGGGAAUUAGAGCCGCCCCCAAAGAAAGUUAAAUUGACAAAAGAAAAAGCAGCUGUAACUUCACAAAAAGAUACUGAGUCUUCGGAAGAAUUUAGCAGUGAAGAGGAAACCAACACCGUUGAAGCUAAUUCUUUUAGGUCAACCCCAGUACACAACGAAUCUAGUCAAAUUAAUUCUCCGGUUCUUACACCUAUACCACCAAAUAUUGUUCUUUCGACUCCAAACACAUCAAGAGUAUGUAAUGAAACAAUUUUGAGAAAACUGGAACGAGUCAUUGCCACACAAGACCAACAAACGAUCAUGCUCCAAAAUAUUUUAAGAACACAGCAGUCACAAAAUAUUCAAUAUUCUCGACCUGAUAAUUAUCCUGAGUUGCCUGUUACUAAUAAGAAGGACUUUAAGAACCUUGAGUCAUUUUUAAAAGACGCAGAUAAUUUCGUAUACAUGAAAACACGCCUGGCUUGUAUUGGUGGAGUGAAUGUUAGAAAUUGUACGAUGCAUAUAAUAAAACACCUACUCAGCAACGAAGUUGCUAUCAAAUUUAAUUGGGCAGGUCGUGAUAAACGACCAAUUAAAAAUACAAACAUUACAAAGGUUAUCUUUGGUAAGUUCCUUUUAAGAAUACAAUGACAUUUAUAUUCAAACUGUACUAUUGUAGAAGCCAUAAGGCAUGGUUAUAGGAAUGGUGAACCAAGCGAUUUAACAGACCGCACAAUUAGGUGUGCCAUACAAGAUUGGCUUAAAUUAGCCAAGGCCCGUCUAGGACAUCCAAAGUGUUAAGUUAAAAUUGUAAUUUCCAUUUUUUGUUAGAUAAACAGAAGUUCCGUUUAGUUUGUUAUUGAGAAUUUUAUUGUUUAUUUUUUAGUACAUAUUUUAUUUUUGAGUAUUUUAUUGUUUAUUUUUUAGUAUAUAUUUAUUUAUUUUUGAGUAUUUUAUUGUUUAUUUUUUAGUACAUAUUUAUUUAUUUUUGAGUAUUUUAUUGUUUAUUUUUUUUAAUAAAAUAUUGUUCUGUACUUAUAACAAGUGAUCAAAAAAAAUUCCUACAUAUUUAGGCCAGUUACAACCAAAAUAAAAAUACGAGUAAUGCUUAUGGCUAGUGUAUACACACAUGCUAUGGAUAAAAUCCAAACAGUCAUUUAAAAAAUAUUAACAUUUUUCCAUGGCCUCUUUUAAAAAUUUUGUUCUGAUCACUUUAUUUAAUUUGUGUUUGAAAUACAUUUAAAACAAUAUCAGGUAGACGCAUUUUACACAUUAAUAAAAAUCGUACAAAUAUACGAUAAAGAUAAAUCUAAAAUAGACGUAUAGUAAAACCGGAUAAAUAAAGGUAGAUAAAGUAGUAAUAUUAAACGUAUAAAAAAUACAAAUAAUAUACGUUUAUAGGGCGGACAUUUUCACGUAUAUAUUGGGUAGCAUAUCAACGGUAUCCAUACGUAUAUUGUAGUUCAUAAAAAAACGUCUUUUAUACCAAAGAGAAUUCGUAUAAAUAUACUACAACUAUAAAUCUAUUAUAGACGUAUAGUAAAAACGUUUAAUUACAGGUGGAUAAAUUCUUAAUAAUCGACGUUUAUAUAUGACAAAUAAUAUAUGUUUAUAAGGCGGACAUUUUCACGAAUAUAUUUGGUAGAACAUCAACCGUAUUCAUACGUAUGGUAAUACCUAAAAACAAACGUAAUUUAUACCAAAGUGUGCUGCC